AUGAAUACAUGGGAAAGACAUGGCAGUGGUUGUCGUCCUGAUGCUCCUGGAAUUGACCUUUGGUUAUCAAGGCUGGGAUAUCCUGAGCCUGAUCAGCAAGAUGAAAAUGCUAGUGAUUCUUCAAGCAGCAAAAGAAACCAUAACUCCGCCGCUGUUGGUGGGGUUCAAGGAGCUCGCAGUAUGGCCUCUCAACAGAAUAAUUGUGGAACAGAAGUUAUAUCUAGAGCAACAUAUCAAACCCAAAAGACUGUUGGCAACUCUUACCAACCUGCUCAGGAAGUCAGUUCUAAUCAAAAUGCUUCAAAUGAUAAACUUCAGAAGACUGUUAAGCCAGAAAUCAUGGUGAAUAAUAUUCACGGAAGGCAUCUCUUUGCCAGGACACGGUCAAGCCCUGAGCUUACUGAGACAUAUGGUGAAGCUCUUUCGCAGCAAAGGCGUAACAGAGCCCCGGAAGCUGGAAAACGCCAAACUAAUUCUGUGAGGGCUGAUAGUACCAGGAAAAAGAAUCUGGAGUCAAAUUUGUCAAGCAAUAUCAGACACGUGUCUGACUCAACAUCAAAUAGGCAUACUCCAUCCCCUCGAAGUCCUGAUAGCACUGCUGACAUGAGCAGUGCAGUGAACAGUUAUUAUGAUGAUUUAGGUUCAGUUUCCGUGAAUGAAGACUUCUCUGCCGCUGGUGAUCAGGGAAUGCAACAGGAAGAGCAAGAUCUUGUGAACUCCAUGGCAACUCUUACUGGGCAAGGUUUUAAUGGACAGUUCCCUUUUCCUUAUAAUUUUGCUACGGGCCACUUGCCAUUUCCAAUUACACCUUCCAUGUUAGCUUCAGUGGGAUAUGGUCAGAGGAACGUGCCUGGUAUUGUUUCUUCUAACCCUCCUUUCACCGAGACACUUUGGAGUACUAAUAUGCAAUUUCCGCAAAACUUUGCUUCUUCACCAUUUACCCAUUAUUUUCCCAGUGGAUCCCAUCUAAAUCUAGAAAAGCUGAGAAAAGCUGGUAAUGAAGCUAUGGGGUCUCCAGAUAAUGUUGACGAGUCUGACCAUGAACUCUGGCACAAGCAAGAAAGGGGUCCUCAUAGUUUUGGACUUGAAAUUGGUAGUUAUGGCAUGCAUCAUGCGAAUGAUAAACAUCAUCAUCGCUCAUCAACUUUCCCCAAUUUUUGGGAGGUUUUACGAAGAAAUACGUACGGAAUCUAG